CCUUUCACUCUCACAGUAUCUGCGUAGUAGCUGCUACUCCGAGUCUCACCGCUAAUUUUCCUUCAUUUUCCCGCAUUUUCUUUCCCAACUGGGAAUCCUCGAGCCUAACGGGUCUUAGUCUCUCAGAGGAAUCUUUAGAACCCUCUUUCCAACCGCAUUCUCUCGUCGUUUUGCUGCAAAACGCAACUUCUGCCCCCUUUCUAUCUAGUUUUCUUCGAAUUUUAAAUCCUCAAAUCGCAAAGCCGAGGGACAGCUUUCUUCCAAAUCAGAUCAUUUCUUGUGUUCGAUUAGCUCUGCAAUUUCGGCUCUGAACUCUGAUUCUUUAUUCACUUGGUUUCAGCUUCGAAGGAAAAGGAGGAAAAAAAAUAUAUAUAUAUAUAUAAGCUGACAUGAAGCAUCGAUGAACUGUGUGAGAGUCAGUGAUUUAGGGUUUAUAGUUGUUAAAUGAAGCAAUGUGUAUGUGUAGAAGUAUGAAGCCGUGUAAUGAGUAAGACUUUGUCGGGCAAACAAAGUUGUUGAUUGCGAGUGGAAGAAAUGACUGCCGCCGAACAGUCGAGGCCGGGUUCUGUAGAGAGAGACAUUGAGUUGGCCAUCACUGCUCUUAAAAAAGGAGCCCAAUUGCUGAAGUAUGGACGUAGAGGAAAACCCAAAUUUUGUCCAUUUAGGCUGGCCAAUGAUGAAUCUGCUUUAAUAUGGUUAUCGGGGAAAGAGGAGAAGCAUCUUAAACUGAGUCAUGUCUCCAGAAUCAUAUCUGGGCAACGCACUCCUAUAUUUCAGAGAUAUCCUCGACCAGAGAAGGAAUACCAGUCAUUUUCUCUUCUAUAUAAUGAUAGAUCUUUAGAUUUGAUUUGCAAGGACAAAGAUGAAGCUGAAGUUUGGAUUACUGGUCUAAAAGCGUUAAUAUCACGUAACCAUCUUCGUAAAGGGAGAGUAGAAUCUAGAAGUGAUGGAAUCUCAUCUGAAGCAACUAGUCCUAGAGUACACACCCAAAGAAGUUCUCCUUUGAGCUCUGCAUUUGGUAGUGGUGACAGUUCACAGAAGGAUGACAUGGAUCCCCUACGUCUUCGUACUCCAUAUGACAGUCCUCCUAAAGCUGGUUUAGAAAAAGUUUUAUCUGACAUGGAACUAUAUGCUGUGGCUCCCAAGGUUUUAUGUCCAUCUGAAUCUACUUGUGGCUCAGUCCAUUCUGUGUCAUCAGGAGGCUCAGAUGCAAUAAAUGGCCGUUUAAAGGGUAUGAGCAUAGAUGCUUUUAGAGUUAGUUUAUCAAGUGCUGUUAGCUCAUCGAGUCAAGGCUCUGGCCAUGAUGAUAGUGAUGCAUUGGGGGAUGUUUACAUUUGGGGAGAAGGCACUGGUGAUGGUAUUCUUGGUGGGGGAGUGCAUGGAGCUGGAGGUUCUGGUGUUAGGAUGGAUUCUUGUGUUCCAAAAGCCUUGGAAUCUGCAGUGCUAUUGGAUGUUCAGACUAUAGCAUGUGGUCGUCGACAUGCUGCUUUGGUAACAAAACAAGGGGAGGUUUUCUCUUGGGGGGAGGAACUUGGAGGCAGACUUGGGCAUGGAGUUGACUCCGAUGUCUUGCAUCCAAAGCUUGUAGAUGGUCUAAAAAAUAUCAAUGUUGAACUUGUGGCAUGUGGAGAGUACCAUUCUUGUGCAGUAACACUUUCUGGUGAUUUAUAUAUAUGGGGCGGUAGUUCUUACAAUAUUGGACUCCUUGGAUAUGGAGAUAAAGCUAGUAAUUGGGUUCCCAAAAAGUUAAAUGGACCUCUAGAGGGAAUACAUGUUUCAUCGGUCUCAUGUGGACCAUGGCACACAGCUAUUGUAACCUCUUCUGGGCAAUUGUUUACAUUUGGUGAUGGAACUUUUGGUGUUUUAGGCCAUGACGACCGCAGAAGUGUAUCUAUACCAAGGGAAGUGGAGUCCCUCAAAGGCCUUCGCACUGUGCGAGCAGCCUGUGGUGUUUGGCACACUGCUGCAGUUGUUGAAGUCAUGGUUGGGUCUUCAAGUUCCAGCAAUUGCUCUUCGGGCAAGCUAUUCACUUGGGGAGAUGGAGAUAAGGGUCGUCUUGGGCAUGGUGACAAAGAACCUAGACUGGUACCCACUUGCGUUGCUGCUCUUGUAGAACCAAACUUCUGUCAGGUUGCUUGUGGGCACAGCAUGACUGUUGCAUUGACAACUACAGGCCAUGUUUACACAAUGGGAAGCCCGGUAUAUGGUCAACUUGGGAAUUCUCAAGCUGAUGGAAAACUGCCUGUUCGUGUUGAAGGAAAGCUUGCAAAAAAUUUUGUUGAAGAAAUAGCUUGCGGUGCCUACCAUGUAGCAGUUUUAACUUCAAGAACUGAAGUUUACACCUGGGGAAAAGGUGCAAAUGGCCGAUUAGGUCAUGGUGAUACAGAUGAUAGAAAUUCCCCAACAAUUGUUGAAGCAUUGAAGGACAAACAGGUUAAAAGUGUCGUCUGUGGCACUAGUUUUACUGCAGUUAUCUGUCUUCAUAAGUGGGUUUCUGGUAUUGAUCAAUCCAUGUGUUCAGGCUGCCGCCUUCCAUUUAAUUUCAAAAGGAAACGACACAACUGUUACAAUUGUGGACUUGUUUUUUGUCAUUCUUGUAGUAGUAAAAAGUCUCUCAAGGCUUCAAUGGCACCAAAUCCGAACAAACCUUAUCGUGUCUGUGAUCAGUGUUUUAGCAAACUUAGGAGAGCUACGGAAACUGACUCUUCAUCUCAUUCUGCUCUAAGUAGAAGGGGAAGUAUAAAUCAGCGACUACUUGAAGUUGAAAACAGUGACUAUUUGAAUGCGAGAUCCCAUGUCCAACUAGGAAGAAAUAAUUCGAUCGAAUCAUCUAAAGAUGCGGAAAGGGAAUCUUUGAAGAGAAACAAACUAAACUUGAAUGGUCCUCAAGCUUCAUUCAAUGCAAAUGAUUCUUCUCAAUGCAAUGGGUUUAACAACUCUAAAUAUUUUGGUUCAUCCAAGAAAUUUUUCUCAGCUUCUCUUCCAGGAUCAAGAAUUAUGUCUCGAGCAGCAUCACCAACAUCAAGACGAUCUAGUCCGCCUCGUGCGACAACACCAACCCCGAAUCUUGUUCAUCCAUUGCCAAAAAUUGUUGUGGAUGAUGCUAAAAGGUCAAAUGAUAGGUUGAGUGAAGAAGUCGUUAAAUUAAGAGCUCAGGUUGAAGAACUUACCCGCAAAGCUAAACUUCAAGAAGUUGAGCUGGAAAGAACAACUAAACAAUUGAAGGAAGCUAUUGCAGUGGCAGAGGAGGAAACUGCAAAAUGCAAAGCAGCAAAAGAAGUAAUGAAAUCACUUACUGCUCAAUUGAAGGAUAUGGCUGAAAGGUUGCCUGUUGGAGCAGCAAGAAACAGCAGUUCACCCUCCUUUUAUUUUUCUAGUGCCACUCCCACAAGGGAAAUUGCUUCUGCAGUUAAUGAGCAACUGAAUAGUCCCACAAAAUGCCACGAACCAGAUUCAAAUGGAUCAAGCAGCUUACUGAUUCCUAACGUGUCUGCCACUGCUAGUAAUCAAACUUUAAGUCACUCUGAAGUGCCACAUUUGGAAACAACAGUAAGGAGUAAAAACAGAACAGCAAAAGUCGAACCCUGCCAUGGGGAUGAAUGGGUUGAGCAAGAUGAACCAGGUGUGUACAUUACCCUUGUUUCCUUGCCUGGAGGUGCCAAAGAUCUGAAGCGUGUCCGUUUCAGCCGAAAGAGAUUCAGUGAGAAACAAGCAGAGCAAUGGUGGGCAGCGAACAGAGCAAGAGUAUAUCAGCAAUACAAUGUUCCCAUGGCUGAUAAAUCUAUUGUCGGCAUGGGGAGGGAAGGUCUGGCUCAUUGACCUUCCACAAUCAAGAUGCAACUAUGGUGCACUUGCAAAUGCUAUGGUUUGGAAUAUCAGAAAUUUGAUUCUAAAUUUCUGCCUUUAUGAUUGGUGGAAGCCAAUUUUGUUUUUUCGUGGGUAGGGGUAUUUUUUCUUCCUUAUCUUACUUUUCUAUUUUGAUAUUUUGCAUUAAACGUAUCCAUGUUUUCAUAUUUCCUGUAAUUUUUUUCAAAAGGGGAGGUUGAAAAGUGGUGAGAGGUUAUGUAAAUUCUUUGUAAGUAGGUUGCUGCCUCUGUGUAUUCCGUGGAAUGUAAGAACCAGUGUGCUCCAAGCCUAACACGAACUUAAGCACGAGUUUGAUUUUGGGGCUUGGUAUCCUAAAAUAUUAAAUUGGCCCAUUAACUUGGUGUCUAGAAAUAUGAAAUAGGCACAUUUUUUGUAA